GGCUGUCCUGCUACCACUUUAUGCUCUUACCCCCUCUCUGGCUCUCUCUCUCCUUCUCACACACACACGAGUGUGCAAAUUUGCAGACUUCAACCUGAACAAUCUUCACAGAAACUUGCUUAUUUUAUUCGUAAAUGGCGUUAUUCUUCAAUUUUUCCAAUGGCGUUAUUCUUCUAUUCUGAUGGCAACAGGUGCUGAUUGACUUCUUGGUAGACCACUACAAGCACCAUGAAAUUUGUMACAAAGAAGGGACUGAAGUCUAUUGUGUCCCUUCGUUUGAAAGGAAAAUCAGCACCUCGUUUUUGUUUAUUUCCAAAAGUGAAGGCGGACUAUGGGCCAGGCAACACACCGGUUUAUCUCAAUGUGUACGAUUUGACACCUUUGAAUGGUUAUGCUUACUGGGCUGGCUUUGGUAUCUUUCAUUCUGGUGUGGAAGUUCAUGGUGUAGAAUAUGCAUUUGGAGCUCAUGAUUAUCCCACAAGCGGUGUCUUUGAGGUUGAACCUCGGCAAUGCCCAGGCUUCAAAUUUAGGAGAUCAAUAUUAAUCGGGACUACAUGUCUGGAUCCGGCCCAGGUCAGAGAGUUCAUGGAGCAUCAUGCGGCAAACUACAAUGGGGAUUCAUAUCACCUGAUCGUCAAGAACUGCAAUCAUUUCUGCAACGAUAUCUGUUACAAGUUAACCGGAAAGCCGAUCCCAAAAUGGGUUAACCGGCUUGCUAAACUAGGUUCGGUUUUCAGCAGUGUCUUACCAGAUGCUCUUCGAGUUCCUGCCGUGGAACACAAUCCUCAUAACGUAAACGAGAAACGAAAACUACGAAGUAAUAGUUUUAGUUGUUUAUCAUCAAUCUCGUCAAGGCAGAGACAAUUAUCAACAUCGUCGUUACUUCUGCAGUCUCCAUUAAAGGGGUGCUUACCACCCUGGGAGUUAAGACGGUCUAGCAGUCGCAUCCCCAAUGACAGGUAACUUAGAACUUUUUCAUUUCGGUUUUCAUUGUACUUCUAUAUAUUCCCGUAAACAAGAUAUAAAAUGUAAUGAAGCAUUAGAUUUGUCAAAUAUUUGUGAAGAUCAAAAUAGAUGAUUUUGGAAGGUGAAUUGAGCC